AUCCAAGGGAGACCUUGACCUGUGAGGUGCCGGCGGUGGAGGGAUCUGAGGUAGCCCCCACCUCCCCGGUAGCGGUGACUGGGGGCUGGAACAGAGCAGGGAGCGUUGGGAGUGUGCGGCCAUGUCUGCCAAGGCCAUCUCGGAGCAGACGGGGAAGGAAUUCUUGUACAAAUACAUCUGCACCACAUCGGUCAUCCAGAACCGCUUCAAGUAUGCCCGUGUGACAGCCGACACGGAUUGGGACUGCCUGCUGCAGGAGCACCCCUGGCUGCUCAAUGAGCGUCUGGUGGUCAAGCCAGACCAGCUGAUCAAACGGCGUGGGAAGCUGGGGCUGGUGGGUGUGAACCUGACCUUGGAUGGGGUCAAGGCGUGGCUGAAGCAGCGGCUGGGACAGGAGACCAAGAUCGCCAAUGCCCGGGGCAUCCUCAAGAACUUCCUCAUUGAACCUUUCGUCCCACACACCCAGACAGAGGAGUUCUACGUCUGUAUCUACGCCACCCGUGAUGGGGACUACGUGCUCUUCCACCACGAGGGCGGGGUGGACGUGGGCGACGUGGACACCAAGGCCCAGAAGCUGCUGGUCCCUGUGGGUGAGGCCCUGGAAGUAGCCGAGGUGAAGCAGAUCCUCCUGGCCCACGCCCCCGAGUCCAAGAAAGAGGUCCUGGCAAGCUUCAUCACUGGACUCUUCAACCUCUACGAGGAUUUGUACUUCACCUACCUAGAGAUCAACCCGCUGGUGGUGACCAAAGAUGGGGUGUUCGUCCUGGACAUGGCCGCCAAGAUCGACGCCACAGCCGACUACCUCUGCAAAGUCAAGUGGGGCGACGUGGACUUCCCCCCGCCUUUCGGGCGUGAGGCAUACCCGGAGGAGGCCUACAUCGCCGACUUGGACGCCAAGAGCGGCGCCAGCCUGAAGCUGACCCUGCUGAACCCCAAAGGCAGGAUCUGGACCAUGGUGGCCGGGGGCGGGGCCUCGGUGGUGUACAGUGACACCAUCUGUGACUUGGGCGGGGUGACUGAGCUGGCCAACUACGGCGAGUACUCGGGCGCGCCCAGUGAGCAGCAGACCUAUGACUACGCCAAGACCAUCCUCUCCCUCAUGACCCGGGAGAAGCACCAAGACGGUAAGAUUCUCAUCAUCGGCGGCAGCAUUGCCAACUUCACCAACGUCGCCGCCACCUUCAAGGGCAUCGUGCGGGCGAUUCGAGACUACCAGGGUCCCCUAAAGGAGCACACGGUGACCAUCUUUGUCCGAAGAGGCGGCCCCAACUACCAGGAAGGCCUGCGGGUCAUGGGAGAAGUUGGAAAAACCACGGGGAUACCCAUCCAUGUGUUUGGCACCGAGACGCACAUGACGGCCAUUGUGGGCAUGGCCCUGGGGCACCGGCCCAUACCGAACCAGCCGCCUACCGCGGCCCACACCGCCAACUUCCUGCUCAACGCCGGCGGCAGCUCCUCGACCCCCGCCCCCAGCCGAACUGCUUCUUUCUCGGAAUCCAAAACUGAGGAGGCUGUAGCUCCUGCCAAGAAGGCCAAACCGGCCAUGCCCCAAGAUUCUGUCCCACCUUCAGGAGCUCCGCAAGGCAAGUCCGCGACAUUGUUCAGCCGCCACACCAAGGCCAUCGUGUGGGGCAUGCAGACCCGCGCCGUGCAGGGCAUGUUCGACUUCGACUACAUCUGCUCCCGGGACGGGCCCUCGGUGGCCGCGAUGGUCUACCCCUUCACUGGGGACCACAAGCAGAAGUUCUACUGGGGACACAAAGAGAUCCUGGUUCCUGUUUUCAAAAACAUGGCAGAUGCCAUGAAGAAGCACCCAGAGGUGGACGUCCUCAUCAACUUCGCCUCCCUGCGCUCGGCCUAUGACAGCACCCUGGAGACCAUGAACUACGCGCAGAUCCGCACCAUCGCCAUCAUCGCCGAGGGCAUCCCUGAGGCCUUGACCCGGAAGCUGAUCAAAAAGGCAGAUCAAAAGGGUGUCACCAUCAUCGGCCCCGCCACUGUGGGUGGCAUCAAGCCCGGCUGUUUCAAGAUUGGGAACACAGGCGGCAUGCUGGACAACAUCUUGGCCUCCAAGCUGUACCGCCCUGGGAGCGUGGCCUAUGUCUCCCGCUCGGGGGGCAUGUCCAACGAACUCAACAACAUCAUCUCCAGGACCACCGAUGGCGUCUAUGAGGGCGUGGCUAUCGGUGGGGACAGGUACCCGGGGUCAACGUUCAUGGAUCACGUUCUGCGCUACCAGGACACCCCGGGGGUGAAGAUGAUCGUGGUGUUGGGAGAAAUUGGCGGCACCGAAGAAUACCGCAUCUGCCGGGGCAUCCGGGAGGGCCGGCUGACCAAGCCCAUCGUCUGCUGGUGCAUCGGGACCUGUGCCACCAUGUUCUCCUCUGAGGUGCAGUUCGGCCACGCGGGCGCCUGUGCCAACCAAGCGUCAGAGACCGCAGUGGCCAAGAACCAGGCGCUGAAGGAGGCUGGUGCUUACGUGCCCCGGAGCUUCGAUGAGCUGGGAGAUGUGAUUCAGUCUGUGUAUGAAGAUCUCGUGGCCAGGGGAGUGAUUGUCCCUGCUCAAGAGGUGCCCCCGCCGACGGUCCCUAUGGAUUACUCUUGGGCCAGGGAACUGGGCCUGAUCCGCAAACCCGCCUCCUUCAUGACCAGCAUCUGCGACGAGCGGGGCCAGGAGCUGAUCUACGCCGGGAUGCCCAUCACCGAGGUGUUCAAGGAGGAGAUGGGCAUCGGCGGGGUCCUGGGCCUGCUCUGGUUCCAGAGACGGCUGCCCAAGUACUCCUGCCAGUUCAUCGAGAUGUGCUUGAUGGUGACGGCGGACCACGGGCCGGCUGUCUCCGGAGCCCACAACACAAUCAUCUGCGCCCGGGCUGGCAAGGAUCUGGUCUCCAGCCUCACGUCCGGCCUGCUCACCAUCGGAGACCGGUUUGGCGGGGCCUUGGAUGCCGCGGCCAAGAUGUUCAGCAAGGCCUUCGACAGCGGCAUCAUCCCCAUGGAGUUUGUGAACAAGAUGAAGAAGGAGGGAAAACUGAUCAUGGGCAUCGGACAUAGGGUUAAGUCGAUCAACAACCCGGACAUGAGAGUGCAGAUCCUGAAGGAUUACGUCAAACAACACUUCCCCGCCACCCCGCUGCUGGACUACGCCCUGGAGGUCGAGAAGAUCACCACGUCAAAGAAGCCGAACCUCAUCCUGAACGUGGACGGGUUCAUCGGCGUCGCGUUCGUCGACAUGCUGCGGAACUGCGGCUCGUUCACCCGGGAGGAAGCCGACGAAUACAUCGACAUCGGAGCUCUCAACGGCAUCUUCGUCUUGGGACGGAGCAUGGGAUUCAUUGGACACUACCUCGACCAGAAGAGGCUCAAGCAAGGCCUCUACCGUCACCCGUGGGACGACAUUUCGUAUGUUCUCCCGGAGCACAUGAGCAUGUAACGGAGGCGGGUACCACGUCCCCGCUACGGGCACAGGCGAGCUCCACCCUUCUCCUCCCGUCCCCCUCCGACACACACAUACGCACCCUCCCCCACCUCCGGGCCUGCGGGUGACCGGCGACGGCGGCGACUCCUUGGGGGGCCGGAGUCCGCCCGACGCCCCUCAGCUCCCGCUGCCGCCAGCCCCCACCAAGCCCUUCGUAGGUUUUAGCGGCAGAGCGACGGAGACGGGAGCCCUGUCCUCGGGUGGCUCCCACCCCCCCCGCCGCCGGCCGUAUUUAUUACCUGGGCAUUCGGACACGACGGUCCGGGCCCAAUUCCCCUUAUUGUACAUGUAGGAUGUGUUUUAUGCUGUAUUUUUGUUUUCUUUUUUUUAAACAACCCGGUUUUAGUCUGCUUUUUUCCUCCCGGGGGUGCGCAGACCAGCGCGAUCUCCACGUUGCGAGGGCGAGGGGUCGUCUUCCCUGAAAGCCCACAGCAUUCCCCGCCCCCCCCAGGCCUCUCCUCUUCUCCUCCUGUAACAUGAAGAGCGUCGUCGUACUAAGCGAUCUGAUUUUGGGGGAUCUUUCGUACGUUGCGUUGGCUUCCGUUUGUGCGUGCCGUGUGUCACCGUGCCCGUGUGUCCGUCCCGGGGCCGGCGGGCGGCACGGGGCUGGGACCGUUGGGCCGCUUGCCAAGGCCGCACGGAAGCUGCGCGGUCGUGACCUGAAAUGUAAAGCUGUAACAUAACAGCUCUUGUCGGAAACUGUGAAAUGGUCUGCAGUGCGUCCCGUGUAUUUACGCGGCUUGGGCGGCGUCCCGCCAACGAGUUCUUGUUAGUGUCGCAUCCCCCCCUCCUCCCGUCUCUGAUCCCCCGGGGGCCCGGCUUUGUAGUCUCAAGGGUAACUUCAGCCUUACGCGUCCUCUGUAGACCCCUUCGCUCGGUUCAAAUAAACAGUCGGUGAAGAUGGA